AUGGACGCGGCGUCUGCAGCAGAGCCGCGGCCCCCGGGCGCGCUGGGACCGUUGGCGACGACGCUCUGCUUGGUGAAUCUCUUCCUGACUGGGAAAAUUGAGACUGCGGUCCCUUCCUUAGCCGCUUGUAGUGGAAAACCAGAGCAGCAUACAGAACGGCGAGGGGUCAUCUAUAGCCCUUCCUGGCCACUCAAUUAUCUUCCGGCUAUGAACUGCAGCUGGUACAUCCAAGGAGACCGUGGCGAUGUCAUAACUAUUAGUUUUAAGAACUUUGAUGUGGAGGACUCUCCCAAAUGUUCCAUAGACUGGUUGAUGAUGGGUCCUUCUUCCAAAGGGGAGGAAUACAAAGUCUGUGGAUCUUUUAUCCCUCCUUCGUUCAUCUCUGCCAGGGACCACAUCUGGAUCUUUUUCCACUCAGAUCCAUCAAGUUCAGGGCAGGCUCAGGGAUUCCGCCUUUCUUACAUUCGAGGAAGGAUUGGCCAAGCCAGCUGCCAGUCGGAUGAAUUCCACUGUCUCAAUGGCAAAUGCAUCCCCACCACUUGGAAAUGCAAUUCCAUGGACGAAUGUGGCGAUAAUUCCGACGAGAAAAACUGCAGCCUCCCCCCAUCGGAGCCCCAGUCCAACGUCUGCCCUUCGGGGACGUUCCAGUGCAACUUCGCCCAUUCCACCAAGUGCUUGCUGAACGAGCUGAAAUGCAACACCGUGAAGGACUGCAGCGACGGCUCCGACGAAGAGAACUGCCCCGAUCUCUCCUGCGGCAAAAAGCUGAGCAAUUUCUACGGGUCGUUUGCGUCGCCAGAUUUGUUCCGCCUGGACCGGAGUCGGGCCGACCUCUGUUGCACGUGGCGGGUGGACACCCAAGAUAACCGCCACGUUCUUCUGCAGCUCAGCUUGCAGCUGGGCUACAAGGAUUACGUGAAGGUGUACGAUGGCUUAGAGGAGAAAGCGGACAGGCUGAUGGAGACGCUCUCGUAUCGGAAUAACAAGCACUCGGUCAGCCUGGAGUCCCCCAAGGGGCAGAUGACCAUCUUGUACUACGCCUGGUCGAAAAGCACCGGCCACGGGUUCAAUGCAACGUAUCAGGUCAAAGGGUACUGCCUUCCAUGGGAGCACCCGUGUGGGGACGAUGAGGAGUGUUACUCCGAUAAGCAGCACUGCGACGGGUGGUGGCAUUGCGCCAACGGCAAGGACGAGGAGAACUGUCCGGCUUGUCAGAAGAACGAGUACCCCUGCGAGGGCAACAGCGGCUUGUGCUACUCCUUGCUCGACCGGUGCAACAACCAGAAGAACUGCCCCAACGGGUCGGAUGAGAAGAACUGUUUUGUCUGCCAGCCGGGGAACUUCCACUGCGGCACCAACCUCUGCAUUUUUGAGACCUGGCGUUGUGACGGACAGGAGGAUUGCCAGGAUGGCAGCGAUGAGCACAACUGCUUGGUGAUCGUGCCGCGGAAGGUCAUCACGGCUGCGCUGAUCGGGAGCCUGGUCUGUGGGCUGUUGUUGGUGAUCGCCUUGGGUUGCGCCUUCAAGCUCUACUCACUGAGGAGCAGGGAAUACCGGGCCUUCGAAACUCAGAUGACGCGCCUGGAGGCAGAGUUUGUAAGGCGUGAAGCUCCUCCUUCUUACGGGCAACUGAUUGCACAAGGCCUCAUCCCUCCCGUGGAAGACUUUCCCGUUUAUAACGCAUCACAGGCUUCCAUGCUGCAGAACAUCCGAACGGCCAUGAGGCGGCAAAUGAGGCGCCAUUCCUCAAGGCGUAGCUCUUCUCGCCAGCGUUUGGGCAGACUCUGGAACAGAUUCUUUCAUAGGCCCCGAGCGAGAGGAGGCCAGGUUCCACUUUUGCAACCUGCCCGUACCUCCCAGACGGUCCUGGGCGACGGGAUCCUCAACUGUACAGACGGGAUGCCUGCCGAGAGUCUCCCCGCUACUCCUGAAGGCGCUUGUGGCCCACCUGGAGGGCUUUCCGAGCCUGGGAACAGUCCCUUGGCCUUGGAGGCAGAAGCAGCAGAAGGCCCGUCCGCUGGGGAGAGCGUGCCAAGCCCUUUCCCAGCUGCUCUGCCGGACGCUGAGGGCGAGCACAGCUGCAAGGCCGAAGAAGCCCCCGAGGGCAGACUCGCACAAGCCGGCAAGGCAGAUUCAGGAAGAACAUUUAGGGACCCCUUGCUGGAACGAGUGACAGAAAUUCACCAGCGCGACAGGCUGGCAUGUGGCAGGACAGCUGGAGAGGGUAGACCGUCUCAGCGGGAUCAGCCGCAGAGGGAAGAGCCGCAUCACCCAAUGCCCUUAAAAAACUGGGAGUCUGGGUACCCUGAAGGCCACGGAGCCGUCCCUUUUUGGGAGGAACGCCAGCCCGGUGGUGACCCGCACUCAUGUCACGAAGAACCUUUUGGCAUUCACCCGAUUUGUUGCCAUUCCAUGCAAGUGCCAAUAGCCCCCUCCCCUCUCCCUGCCCCAGAAGUCAGUCCCAGCGAUGACGAGUCUUUGCUGGUGUGCUAAAGGGUCACGUUCACAGGCAGAAGCCCACCAUAACCUUGCGUGCACCACGACCAGGCAAAUAGCGCAGGUCCCGUAACCCACGUCCUAGCUGCAGUGACACCACGGUGCACGUCACCUCGCUAGCUCCACCAUGCGCGUGCC